AUGCCUCAGUUUCGCCAUGGAAAUGUGGCAGGGAAAUAUCUAGAACAGAGUGUUUCUGAGGUCCAGUCAGUGCUGCUGACAGCGAGACCUCUGGCCCCUUCCAGCAUGUUCUGCCUUUCUGAGCUUGUAGUGGAGAGGCCUUGGGGCGAGCACACCCUGAAUACCUGGGGGAGAGAGUGCUUCAUAAGGACUCAGUUACAAUUAUCUUUUUCAGACACCUGUUUUGGGAGCCCAAACUUAUGGCUUCCUUAUUCUGUCCACACCCCUGUCUGUCCCCACAGGCUUCUUUAUCUGAGAUGUACAAAAAAAUCCAGACAGGACCAGUCAGCGCUGUGUGCUGCAUGCUGCCUCCUGGCCAGCCUGUGUGACGCGGUCGGGGCGAUUCUGGCCAAACAGCUCACGAUCCAGGUUUUCACUGGUGCCUACCUAGCAGCUGUUGACUUGGUGAAUUUUGUGUUCAUUCUUUUCCCAGUCUGCGGCCCCAAGUUCAAGUCUAAUUCAGGUCAAGGCUCCCAGGAGAGGACAAGGAGGCAGCGGCUCAGCGCCAGCAUAUUUGCUCUGACCCUGACCCUGAGCCUGGGCCCCUGCUGGGCUCUCUGGGCUGCUGUCCCCAAGGCUUCAGACCUUGUCCAGGGGCCCCAGCGGAGGCUGCUGGGAAGCCUGAUGCAGGAUAACACUGAAAUGUUUGGCUACCUGCUGGGUGGCAUCACUGCCUUUGGCUCCUGGGCUUCCCGGAUCCCCCGACUCUCCAGAAUCUGUCGGGGUAAAACGUUUCCCUCCAUCCACCUGUGGGCCCGGCUCCUGUUGGCCCUGGCUGGCCUCCUCUACGCCUCGGCCAUUGUGGCGCAUGACCGGAGGCCUGAGUACCUGGUGCGGGCCACCCCCUGGUUCCUGACCUCCCUCGGCUGUGCUGCGCUGGACCUCGCUAUCAUUUUCCUUUCCUGGGUGAUGAAAAGCAGGUUGAGGCGGGCCUUGGGAUUCGCCUCCGAAGCCGGCGAGAGCCCCGACACCCAAGCCCUUCUGACCUGCGCAGAGAAAGAGGAACACGAGGAGGCCAGGCCUCGCGGGCUGGAAAGCCGCUGGUCCCCGCAGGGUUUGCACGUGGAGGGGGCAGAGAAUGCGGAUUGGGUGCCUCUCACUGCACUACCACACCGCAAGUCAUUCAGGACGACGACAGCCAUCAGUCACUACAUGGAGCUGACCAUCCAGCCAGUGCAGCAGGCAGGCUGCAGCGCCACCAGGCUGCCGGGCGACGGACAGAUAAGCGCUGGAGACGUGUCCCUGCAGGAGCCCCCCUCCUACCCUCCCAUUCAGGUGAUCCGGGCCCGGGUGUCUUCCAGCAGCUCCUCCGAGGUUCCCUCCAUCAACUCCGACCUUGAGCACAAGUACUGGGAAGCCCUAAACUUGGAGCAGUGGAACCCUGAAGAUGUAAAGCUUGAAGGGAACAAAGACAACUUGGAUAUGCUUAGAUCCCAGAUGCACAGGUGCUCUGUGAGGCCAGUGGACUUGACCUCUGUUGAGUAAUACUUUUUGGAGCCAUCUCAACAGCUCAGAGCCCAAAGUCAAGUGUCAGGAAUUGAAUAGGAAUCAACUAGCAGUGACAUCCAUAGCAGGAAUGUGAGCUUCUGUUGGGUCUGCCCAAGAGAGUCAGGAACCAGGAGCUGUCCAGACCUUGGCUGGUAUGUACCACGGCUCAGAAUGGAGCUAAGACUUUGGGUCCCAUGGACAGAUCUGACAUGCUCAGAGUUUGUUCUGAAAAUUUGAAGUUCACAGAGCCUCUUGUGAAAUAUAAAUCUUCAUCUAAAGUUACACUGGACCCUCUUUUCCCUUCCCCUUUUGAAUCAACCAUACUCUGAAUAGCUGCUAGGUGCCAGGAAUGAGUUCCUCUAUCAAGUAGCUAAUGUGUUUGGAUCUCAGUAGAGCCCCAUUCUGCAAGAUCUGACUAAGCUUAGAUAAGAGGGUGGACCCACAUACUGCGGGUCUGGGACGCAAUCACAGGUACUGAUGGGACCUGGCUCCUGCCUUCCGGUCACCCACUUGAGUUUUCUGCUGGAGGUUAGAGAUGGGACUGCUUGGUCAACAAAGUGUUUGUGAGGGCAAGCAAAGUAAAUUGCUCAAGGCACCAGGACUUGCUCCAACCUGACAAGGUGUCUGCUGGGGCAGGGUUUCCAGGUGAGGGGCACUGUCUGCUUCAGGAGGUAACCGAAAGCAUGCAGAGGAUAAGAAGCAUGGCAGGAGGUGUUAAACUCAAACACAGCAGUCCCAUUUUAGGGUUGCUUUGAUACUGUGAUCAUGAGUGAGGGAAAGAAUGGACGGAUUGGGGCUAAGGUGAGAGGCACACUGGAGUGAAUAAAUCCCGAGUGAACUGAAGUAUCUCAUUGUGGAGCAGAGAUAGGUCUGAAUCCCAGCACAGCCGCAGAAGUCUGCCACAAGGGAAAGUGAGAGAAAUGCCAAGAAACUCAGCUCUGCUCCUAGCUGGCCCCUGGCAGCCUGUGUGACUCAGCUGUUGCUGCCCAGUUUCUCCUAAGGGGUAGUGCAAGUCCUGGCAGCAUGAAGGCCACGCCUCAGGAAAGCAGGUUGGUUCCACAGAUCUCUGCAGAGAUCCUGACCUCCUGGAUGGCCUCUGAGCUAGAAGUGAACUUAAUCCCCACCGUCCAACUGCUUUGGUCCAUGGUUGUCCUGUAGUAGAGUUUGCUAAAAUCAGUUUUGCUUUGCAAUCUUACACCACUGAAGCUGUACUUGGAGGGAAGAUGAAGAUUUGAACUGGUGGAAUGUGUAGGGGCAGGGAGAAUUACAGAAGAAGAAACCUAGCAGAGGAUUGGAAGGAGGGAAGGGUGGAAUCUAGUCAAGGAAGGAGGAAUCUCACGCAGCCGGAAUGGGUGAGGCAGUGUGGGCUAUAGGGAAUGGAUAAAGAGGCCAGAAAGAAACCAGACUGAAGGCUGGGGAAUUGGUACUUAAUUCUGUGGCUAACUGGUAGCCAUGGAAGAUACCAGAGUAGGAAGGUGACUGACAUGCCUCAGGUAGCCCACAGCUAACGGGUGCAUUUCUCAUCCCCAUGGCCACUUUUCAAGACACAGAAAUGUAUAGUAUGGAUACAGUAUGAACACGGGGAGUAUGUUUAAUCUGAGAUGUAACAACAGGACAGGAGCAGGGUUCAUCUUUAGAAAGGCAGAGACAUGGGGAUGGGAUGACAUCUCUGAAGUCUGCCUCUAGCACAUAUACCUUUUCUCAAGGGGAUGCUGGCUCAUGCUCCCUGAAGCACAAAAAAUUGGGUGGAUCCUGCUGGAAAUGGCCAUUUACUCAAGAUCAUUAAAUAAUCUUGCUAUGUGUGGAACAUCUCACUGUACUUUUCCUUUCAAUUUUGCUAGGAAUUUAAAACUGCUUUUAAAAAUAAAAUCUUAAAAAAAUGAUCUUGCUGACUUUCAGCAGCACAAACUACUUGAGCUCCAGAUGUUGUCUGACUCCCUAGGUCCCUUCAUCCCUGCCUCUUCCUUCACAAACCAGUUCCUGUCAUCAUGGUUCAAGCUUGUCUCAAAGCUGAAUCUUUUGUCUCGUCUUCCAGGGUGAGCUAUUAAACUGGGAAUUUUGAAAGCA